AUGGCCCCGAAAUCCCAGCGUGUGAGCUCCCGUCCGAGGCCUCGGAGGUUUUUCUUUGUGUUUGUAGUACUACUAGUAGUUUUGGUGGCACUAUGCGUUUUGGGGAUGUUGGGGAUGUUUUCAGUGACGCACGUUCAGAAGAUGUCCUACUUGUUGCGCCCCCUCUGGGACAAACCCCCAACCCCUUUCCACCACAUUCCCCAUUACUACGCGGAGAACGUCUCGACCGAGUACCUCUGCCGCCUUCACGGGUGGUCCCCGCGCCCUUCCCCCCGCCGCGUGUUCGACGCCAUCAUCUUCAGCAACGAGCUCGACCUCCUCGAGAUCCGAUGGAACGAGCUCCGUCCGUACGUCGCCAAGUUCGUCGUCCUCGAGGCCAACACCACCUUCACCGGCAUCCCCAAGCCCCUCUAUUUCUCCCGUAACCGCAGACGCUUCUCCAAUUUCGACAAUAUGGUCGUCCACGGCGUGUUCCCGGGUCGGGUCGGGUCAGGCAGGGACCCGUUCCGGCUGGAGUCGGAGCAGCGCGUGGCCAUGAACGAGCUGCUGCGCCGCGCCGGGAUUGCGGACGGUGACCUCGUCAUCAUGUCGGAUGCGGACGAGAUCCCGAGCCCCCACACGGUGAAGCUCCUCCAGUGGUGCGAUGGGUUUCCACCCGUGUUACAUCUCCAGCUCAGAAACUACAUGUACUCGUUCGAGUUCCCGGUGGACUACAGCAGCUGGCGGGCUUCGGUACAUAUAUACGGGCGAGGGACUCAGUACCGGCAUUCGAGGCAGGCAGACGUGAUCCUGUCGGACGCUGGCUGGCACUGCAGCUUCUGCUUUCGGCAUCUGAGGGAUUUCGUGUUAAAGAUGACGGGGUACAGCCACGCGGACCGGGUGAGGAGGAAGGAGUUUCUGAGGUAUUCGAGGAUUCAGAAGGUGAUAUGCAGUGGGGAGGACUUGUACGAUAUGCUUCCUGAGGAGUACACGUUUAGGGAUUUGAUCAAGAAGAUGGGGCCCAUUCCCAGCUCGGCCUCGGCUGUUCAUGUCCCGGCUUAUUUGAUUCAGAAUGCCGAUAAGUUUAAGUUUCUUCUGCCGGGAGGCUGUUUGCGUUCGCCCGGAUCACUUUCUUAUGAUCUUGGACUUACAAAACUCAAUUGGAGAAGAAGCUUUUCUGCCUUGUUUUCCUUGCAGAAUGCAAAUGAGGGCCCAUUCCAACAGACCUUGACCGACCCGGUAGUCCAAGCAAGACGGCCCGAUCCGCAAGUCCCAACAAAAUUUGAGACCAUCCGACCAGCACCGCCCGAGACUACCGGAGAACCGAGCUCUACUCCGACAUCCCCUCCAGAAGGCGCAACUGACAAACAAACCCUAGGAGCGAGGGUUAUCUACCGACAACUUAAGACACUUCAGCAGAGAAGUCGCCAAUCGCCAACAAGCCAAAGAGCCGUCAACAAAUUGGGGCUAACCUCCGUAAAACCCGACCACAACCUAGCCCUGACCUUCGAGUACCGAUCUCACCUGCGGAGCAACAGAGACGAAGGCGAAAUAGUCUUCAGAGAGUGGGGCGAGCAGUCAAGAUGA